CGCCCUGUAGUUCGGCUCAGCAUCCUCGUCCGACACAACCAUUUUGGACAGCACCGUCAAACCCAGCCAAGCCCGCCUGUCAGCGCCACUUCGGCCACCGCCUAUCCCGAGAAGCAACCUCCUUUCCCGGGUCGAUAAAGGACACCGAGUCCUUCCGUCUUGAUGGAGGCGGUUAGUAGGCGGAAAAGAUCCAAUUAAAAGACGACGGAGCUACAGACACACGGUACUAACAUCACAGCGACGGUGAGCCGAACAAGCUAGCGGGCAACGCGCGGGAACCCUCAGGUGCUAAGGAAGGCAGAGCACCAUGUCGGGGGCCUCUGUGAAGGUGGCGGUCCGAGUCCGCCCUUUCAACUCCAGGGAGAUGAGCAAAGAGAGCAAAUGCAUCAUCCAGAUGUCGGGAAACACCACCACUAUCAUCAACCCUAAGCAACUUAAAGACAACAAGAGCUUCAACUUUGAUUACUCCUACUGGUCACAUACCUCGCCAGAGGAUGUGAACUACGCAUCCCAGAUGCUGGUCUACAAAGACAUCGGCGAGGAAAUGCUGCUCCACGCAUUCGAGGGUUACAACGUCUGCAUCUUUGCCUACGGACAGACGGGCGCCGGGAAGUCCUACACCAUGAUGGGCAAGCAGGACGUCAAAGAUCAACAGGGCAUUAUUCCACUGCUUUGUGAAGAUCUCUUUACCAAAAUCAAUGACAACACAGACAACAGCAUGUCCUACUCUGUGGAGGUGAGCUACAUGGAGAUCUACUGCGAGCGUGUGCGAGACUUGCUUAACCCCAAAAACAAAGGCAACCUGCGGGUGCGAGAACAUCCUCUCAUGGGUCCGUACGUGGAGGACUUGUCCAAGCUCGCCGUCACCUCCUACAAUGACAUCCAGGACCUGAUGGACUCUGGAAACAAAGCCAGGACGGUGGCUGCUACCAACAUGAACGAGACCAGCAGUCGCUCACACGCUGUUUUUAACAUCAUCUUUACUCAGAAACGCCAUGACGCCGAUACUGAUAAUACUUCUGAGAAGGUGAGUAAAAUCAGUUUGGUGGAUUUGGCCGGAAGUGAGAGAGCCGAUUCCACCGGAGCCAAAGGGACAAGACUGAAGGAAGGAGCCAACAUCAACAAAUCUCUAACAACGCUGGGAAAAGUCAUCUCUGCUUUGGCAGAAGUGGACUCUGGACCCAACAAGAACAAAAAGAAGAAGAAAGUGGAAAGCUUCAUUCCUUAUCGAGAUUCCGUGCUGACCUGGCUUCUCCGAGAGAACCUCGGCGGGAACUCUCGUACCGCCAUGGUGGCCGCCCUGAGCCCGGCCGACAUCAACUACGACGAGACGCUCAGCACGCUUAGGUAUGCAGACCGUGCCAAGCAGAUUCGAUGCAAUGCAGUCAUUAACGAGGACCCCAACAACCGGCUAGUGCGUGAGCUGAAGGAGGAAGUGUCACGUCUCAAAGACCUGCUCUUUGCUCAAGGUCUCGGGGACAUUAUUGAGACAUUUCGAGGGUCUGCUGCUGAGAUUGAGGGUUUGAAACUGACCAACGCCAUGACGGGAAUGAGUCCUUCUCCGUCGCUGUCGGCCCUUUCGAGUCGUGCCGGCUCCAUCGCAAGCCUGCACGACCGCAUCAUGUUCAGCCCGGCCAAUGAGGAAGCCAUCGAGCGGCUGAAAGAAACUGAGAAAAUAAUCGCAGAGCUCAACGAGACGUGGGAAGAAAAACUUCGCCGGACUGAAGCUAUAAGAAUGGAACGAGAGGCCCUGCUGGCAGAAAUGGGCGUAGCCAUGCGCGAAGACGGCGGUACAGUCGGCGUCUUCUCUCCCAAGAAGACGCCUCAUCUGGUGAACCUAAAUGAGGACCCGCUGAUGUCCGAGUGCCUGCUCUAUUACAUCAAGGAUGGAAUAACAAGAGUUGGGCGUGUGGAUGCCGCCAGCCGCCAGGACAUCGUCCUCAGUGGCCACUUUAUCAAAGACGAGCACUGCACUUUCACCAGCGCCACCGGACCGCAAGGAGAAACGGUUGUCUUGGAACCCUGCGAAGGAGCUGAGACGUACGUCAAUGGCAAGAGAGUGACGGAGGCCACGGUUCUCAAAUCAGGGAAUCGCAUCAUCUUGGGAAAGAGCCACGUGUUCCGCUUCAACCACCCCGUGCAGGCGCGGGCUGAGAGGGAGCGAACCCCGUGCGCCGAGACCCCAGCCGAGCCCGUAGACUGGGCUUUUGCUCAGAGGGAGCUGCUGGAGAAGCAAGGCAUUGACAUGAAACAGGAGAUGGAGCAGAGGCUGCAGGAGCUUGAGGAUCAAUAUCGAAAAGAGAGAGAAGAGGCCAACAACUUGCUGGAGCAGCAAAGACUGGAUUACGAAAGCAAGCUAGAAGCGCUUCAGAAGCAGGUGGAUCGGUAUUACCCAGAAGCCCCUGAGGAAGAGGAAGAGCCAGAAGAGGAAGUUCAAUGGAGCGAGCGUGAACGAGAGCUAGCGGAGUGGAGCUUUCGCAGGUGGAGGUGCUAUCAGUUCACAUCUCUGCGAGACCUCCUGUGGGGAAAUGCCAUAUUCCUCAAGGAGGCGAACGCCAUCAGCGUGGAACUCAAAAAGAAGGUUCAGUUCCAGUUUGUGCUGUUGACGGACACCCUCUACUCGCCGCUGCCGCCGGACCUGCUGCCUUUCGAGGCUAGCAAAGAGCGUGAGAGGAGGGUCUUUCCGCAAACCAUCGUGGCCGUGGAGGUACAGGACCAGAAGAACGGAGCUACUCACUACUGGACCCUCGAAAAACUCAGGCAGAGACUGGACCUAAUGAGGGAAAUGUACGACCGUGCCGCAGAAGUCCCUCCUCCUCCUGCCCUCGCCACCCCAACCGGUACGACACCCUCAACAGACGAUGGCGAAGGCGCCAUGACGGGGGGAGACCCUUUCUACGACCGCUUCCCAUGGUUCCGUUUGGUUGGAAGAAACCCUCUUUUCAACACGUGCAUGAGCGAGCGCAUGAGCGACCCCACCCCGUCCCCCACUCUCUCCGCCUCCGAGACCACCGACUCCCCUCAGCGGGAGGCUCGCGUCGGCGAGGACGACGUGUCGGAGGAGCUGGACGACGAUAUCUUUUUGGACGAGCCGAGCUCGGAGCUGGCGGGGGAGGAGGAGGAGGAUGAUGAUGAGGAGGAGGAAGAGCGAGAGCUGUGCCCAGGCUCCAGCGAAGGCCAGGAUCCCUUUUACGACCGCUCGCCAUUAUUCAGUGUAGUGGGAAGGUCUUUUGUGUACCUCAGCAACCUGCUGUACCCCGUUCCUCUGGUGCACCGUGUGGCAGUUGUUAGCGAGCGGGGUGACGUCAAGGGCUUCCUGCGUGUGGCGGUGCAGGCCAUAUCAGCGGAUGAAGAAGCACCGGACUAUGGGUCAGGGGUGCGACAAUCUGGCACAGCAAAAAUUUCCUUUGAGGAUCAACAGUAUGAAAAGUUCCAGUCCGAGUCCUAUCCAGUGGGUCUUUCCCACGCCGGGGUCUCCCAAGAAGAACUUCGCAUUGUAGAGGGCGAAGGGCAAAGCGCAGAAACGGGACCUUCAGCAGAUGAAGUCAACAAUAACACAUCAGCUGCCGGAGGUGAAGAAGAGACGGCAGGGAAGCCGGGACUGAACGGUCAAGCAGACGUGACGGCGGAACAUCUCAAAAUUGGGAAUGUUUUCACCUUCCGUGUGACUGUGCUGCAAGCGUUCAAUAUCUCUGCCGAAUACGCCGACAUCUUCUGCCAGUUCAAUUUCAUCCACCGUCACGACGAGGCCUUCUCCACAGAACCUCUGAAGAACACUGGACGUGGACCCCCGCUUGGCUUCUAUCAUGUCCAGAAUAUCGCCGUUGAAGUAACCAAAUCGUUCGUGGACUACAUCACAACUCAACCCAUCGUGUUUGAAGUGUUUGGACACUACCAGAAACAAGCUUUUCUUCCUCUCUGUAAAGACGUUAUCAGUCCACUGCGGCCCUGCAGGAGACAAUUUCCUCGUGUGAUGCCUCUGUCCAAACCAGUGCCCGCCACCAAGCUGACGGCGGUGGCGCGUCCGCAGUCCGGACCUUGCCACUGCAAGUACGACCUGAUGGUUUUCUUUGAAAUCUGCGAGCUGGAGGCUAACGGAGACUAUAUUCCUGCUGUGGUGGACCACAGGGGUGGAAUGCCGUGUCAUGGCACUUUCUUGCUGCAUCAGGGUCUCCAGAGAAGAAUCACGGUGACCAUCGUGCACGAAUCCGGCGGCGACAUCGAAUGGAGAGACGUUCGAGAGCUCGUCGUUGGACGACUCCGCAACACCCCCGAAUCUGAUGAAAGCAUUGUGGACCCCAAUAUCUUGUCCCUCAACAUCUUGUCCGCCAGCUACGUUAGACCUUUGCAUGACGACAGACAAUUUCUUGAUUCGGACAUGCCUAGCAUCUCCCGUCGGGGACUUGAUCCGAGGACAUUCUACCGCUUUGAAGCGGCGUGGGACAGCUCCAUGCACAACUCCUUGCUCCUCAACAGAGUCACGCCUUACGGAGAAAAGAUAUACAUGACGCUCUCAGCUUACUUGGAGAUGGAGAAAUGCACUCAGCCGGCCGUGGUGACCAAAGAUGUCUGCAUGGUGUUCUACUCUCGUGACACCAAGCUGUCCGCCUCACGUUCCAUACGAAAUCUUUUCGGUACGGGAAGCCUGAGAGCGGCGGACGGAAACCGCGUGACCGGCGUGUACGAGGUGAGCCUGUGCAAACUAGCGGACGCGGGGAGUCCGGGAAUGCAGCGGCGCCGGCGGCGGGUGCUGGACACGUCUGUAGCGUACGUCCGCGGCGAGGAAAACCUAGCCGGCUGGAGGCCUCGCAGCGACAGUCUCAUCCUGGAGCACCAGUGGGAGCUCGACAAGCUCAGCCUGCUUCAAGAUGUGGAGAAGACCAAACAUUUCCUGCUUCUGCGGGAGAAGCUAGAGUCCACCCUGUUGCCAGCGGGUCGGGGGGCUCAAAUUCUACCCGACAACGAGCCCGGCGACCCGACUCCCCCCUCAUUGGACGGCGCUGCGUCUGACAUCAUCACCGAGCGGCAGCGAGAGCUCGCCACCAAGUGUUUGCGACUGCUCACUCACUCCUUCGACAGAGAGUACACUCACGUGUGUGUCAGCGCUAGUGAAAGCAAGAUCUCAGAGAUGUCCGUCACUACGUUGAGAGACUCUGCCUCCAUCUCCGCUCUCAACACCAUCACGCCCUCGUCAACUUGCCCUUCCCUAGUGGAGGGUUGCUAUAACAACGCUGAUCUCAGACCUCCCGCUCCUCGCUCCCGCGCCGUCAGUCCAACUCCCGAACCGCCACUAGACGCUGACGCCAAGAAGUGCGCAGGCGCUUCUUCGGAAAGCAAACCUCGCAUACGUCGAUUUGUCCCUGAUAUCCAGGAGAUCAGAGUCAGCCCCAUCGUGUCCAAAAAGGGUUACCUCCACUUCCUGGAACCGCACACUAACGGCUGGGUGAAGCGCUAUGUGGCGGUACGCCGGCCGUACGUCUACAUCUACAACACAGAGCGUGACACAGUGGAACGCGCCAUCCUGAACCUGUCCUCAGCGCAGGUGGAAUACAGUGAGGACCAACAGGCCAUGCUCAAGACGCCUAACACGUUCGCCGUGGUUACGGAACACCGCGGGAUUUUGCUUCAAGCCACAAGCGACAAGGACAUGCACGACUGGUUGUACGCCUUCAAUCCUCUCCUGGCAGGGACUAUCAGAUCCAAGUUGUCCAGAAGACGAGUGGGUCCGAUGAGGAUGUGAUGGAAAAGACUUGAGAUGUACAUAGCCCACCGACCGAGCCUCCCUUUUCACCGCCGCCAUCUUCCUAGCGCUCCUCGGCGCCGUCUCGUGUCAGGACUUUUCUAAGCAGUCCGGUAGUCAGAUUCCAUGUGUGUGGUGAUGUCAUGUAGUUGUGUCAAGUGGCGCAUCCGGCCUUAUACAUACGAUACAAAUAUGUGUGCGUGCGAAUGUGUGAAUCGGGACAACCAGGAAGUAAUAUCAUUGGAGUAUGGACGAAAGUAUUGGGACAUGACAGGAAUAAGAAAAUUUGUGUGUGGUCAAAAGUAUCGGGACAUCAAGGAAAGAAGUAAAUGAAUUAGGGCUCAAGUAUUGGAACAGCCUGUCUUCUUGGGUGUCCUCAUAGUUUUGUAUAAAAAUUUUAGUUUUUAUUUUUUUUGUUUUAAAAAUACCGGGCCACACAGGAAGGCGGAAUAGUCGAGUUUGGACUAAAGUAUUGGGACACCAAGGAAGAAUUUUGGAGUUUGGACAAAGUUAUCGGGACACCCAAGAAGUUGGAAAACUUCAGAUAAAAGUAUUAGGACACUUAUAGGAACUGCAAAAUAUAAUUUGGACAAAAGUCUUGGGGCACCGAGCAAGUUAGAAGAUCAUACUUUUUUUUCCUCAAAAAAUAUUGGGACACUCAACAAAUAAGUAAGCAAGCAGGAGAUUUGACAGAGGUUUUGGGACAUUUACUGUACACAAACUGGAAAAUAGCAUUUUACAAUCUUUGCUGAUUUCUUUCAAAGUACUGGGACACCCAGGAAGUAAGAAAAUGUGAGGACCCGCCUCCCACCACCACCCAAUUUAUUUUGUCACCCAGGAUCUAAGAAAUUAAUUUUGGACAAAAAUAUCUGGACACCCAGGAAGUCGAAUAUGUGAACUACAGUGAAGAAAAUAAAUAUUUAAACACCAUGCUAUUUUACAAGUUCUCCCACUUACAAACGAAUGGUAAUAUGUAAGUACAGUCAUCGUUGUUUGCAAUUACAGACGUCAAAUGUUUCCUUCAGUUUACACCAGGUUGGCACACGCUGCAGGGGGGAUCUUGGCCCACCCAUCAGCCAGGUUUCUGGGCUGUCACUGAGAAUCACGGAGUUAGAGUUCCCUCCGAAGGUUUUCUAUUGAGUUUGAAGGAAUCUGACCUUUAAGCCAGACUUUAUCAAGCCAGCCGAACUGCCGGACCCGCGCUGGCGCAGAUCCAACGACCCUGACAAGUGAGACCCCGACAACCUGGCCAAAAGGCAAAACUGUGCAUUCACCUGAGUGUUAACCCCUUGUACUGACUCCAUUUUGAAAGCUGGAAAAAGGCUUCGAAGCACAAGUUGACAAUUUAUUCUGGUCGACAGCAAUCAAACGGCAAGGCGAAACAGAAACAGACUCAGGCGAGGAGGCAGACUCGUUCCAAGGUCACCAUAUCACAAGUCAACAAAAGGUUCCAGAGAAAAAUGGCAAAGAUUAGUUAAACAUUGUCUUUUUGAAGGCUCUCGCGGGGCAUGCUGUGGGCAAAAGAAGGGUGUGCUUGGGCGUUGUUUAGGAUUAUUGUCUGUUUGUGGAUUGGACAGGAGGAUUCAGGAGUUACUGUUGUCAGGACAAUGAGGGUUAUGGAUUUUGCCACUUCAGAUUCAAAGGGGCUCUUGGAGGCUUAUCAGUCGUGUUAUCAGUUUGAUAUCGGGCAUUCUCCGGUGUUCCUUGUGUUGGGACAGGACGUCCCACCAUUUGUUCUGGACUGUCCAGGAGAACUGAUUGUGGGAGUUGGUGGUGCAGACUUGGGCUUGUAGAUGUCUUGCCUAGUCAGCGUAAAUCUUAAUUAGUCAGUUGCAUGACGCAGACGUUGGGCUUCCGUGAUAAGGUGUCAUGUAUCUCUUAUGCCCUAUGGCAAAUAUAUUCUGCUUAUUUUCCUUAAACUAUGGUAUAAGUGAUAUUCAUUUUAUAUUGGGUGUGUUAGAGUAAUUCAAACAGUCGAUCGGUAAUUACGAGAAAAGAUACUACUCCCUUCAAGUUUAGGUCUGGAGACCAGAUAGGCCAUGCUAGAACCUUGGAAAGUUUCUUACGGAGCCACUCCUUGGUUUUCCUGGCUGUGUGCUUCUGGUCAUUGUCAUGCUGGAAGACCCGGGCACGACCCAAUUUUCAAUAAACACCCCCAAAACUUGAUGCUACCACCCCCAUGCUUCACAGUAGGGAUGGUGUUCUUGAAAUACUCAGUACUCAGUGAUAUCUUACAUGGGGCUCCACUCCGAUUGAGAUUGACCGUCAUGUUUAGCUUCGUCCAUUUUCUAAUGAUUGCUCCAACAGUGGACCUUUUUGUCACCAAACUGCUUGGCAAUCGCUCCAUAGCCCUUUCCAGCCUUAAUUUUGUCUCUGGUGUCUUUGGACAGAUCUUUGGUUUUGGCCAUGUUACAAGUUUGAGUCUUACUGAUUGAAUGGGGUGGACAGGUGUCUUUAUGCAGCAAUCGACCUCAAACAGAUGCAUCUGAUUCAGGAUAAUACGUGGAGUGGAGGUAGACCCUUAAUAGGCAGAAUAACAGGUCUUUCAGGGUCACAAUUUAGCUGAUAGACUGGUGUUCAAAUACUUAUUUGCAGCUUUAUCCCACAAAUGAAUUGUUAAAAAGUCAUGCAUUCUGUAUUUUUCCUUUCAGAUUAUCUCUCUCCCAGUGGACAUGCACCCAAGAUAAACAUUUCAGACUUCUCCAUGAUUUCUAAGUCUUCAAAUACUUAUUUUCUUCACUGUCCUGUAUGGGUGUCUUGAGAUAGGGAUUCUUUUUUUUAAAACUGGACAGAAAAGGACAACAAACAAACAUGUCCUAAUACUUUUGUCUCUCUAUAUGGGGGAAAAAAUGCACAUUUUAAAAACUUUCUUUCUCACACGCUGCCUCCAUGUUCGCACAAAACAACAAGGACGCCACCUUCACGCUCACGUUUAGAAACAUUUCACCUCCAACCUAGCUCUUAUUUAUGUAUUUAUUUCCAUCUGCAUGUAUUUAUUCGUUGGCAAAAACGUUUACAGUAUAUUUGUAAAGUGGUGCAAUUUCUGCACGCGGCACUUUGUAAGACGCUUUUUUUCUGUUCUUUUUAAAACACCAACACACUUUUACUUGAAUUGUUCUCAUCCACCCCUUUAAGUGGUCAGGCCAGGUGAUAGUAGUAUAAAAGUACUUAUAUGUAUGUGCAUAUGGAUGACAUGUAGUGCCUCACGGUUGCGUUCUAUUGGACAACCUUCACGCUGCUACUGUAUUUAUUUAUUCUAGUUGAGAAUUACCAUUGUUAAUAGACUUAUAGGUAAUUCUGUGCUAACAUGUAAUAUUUAUACAUACCAUUUCUUAAUUUUUCACUUCUCCAAUGACGUGAGUGCGCAUCAGGUCAGCCAACUUGAGUGCACACUCACAAAAAUAGACAUUCUAUACCUUUUUUCUCCCCCAAAAAACAUUCUACCAUCAUGACCGACAUCAAAAUACAGUAGUGUAGUACACUGUGCUUAAAUAUCAGAUUUUUUUGUUUUGUUUUUUUGAAUGGAACAUAUAAGUUAGCUACCAUAGAGUAGAACUAAAAUUAUACUUGAAAAGUAAAGGAAAAUGUGUACCGUAUUUUUCAGACUUUAAGUCGUACCUGAGUCAUAGACUUCACUAUCAGUUGACGGGACACUGGGCUCGCGGCCAAUCCGUAGGGGGCCUAUUUUCAAAAACUUAAAAUUCAAAUAUUUUCAAAACCCAUUUAAAGUGAUCUAAAACCAAAACAGUCACCUCCCUUAGGCAUAGUGUAUAUGAGUCUCCAUAAGCAGUGGCAUCAAAAAAUUGAAACUUAUUCCCCAAUAAAAUCCCGAUUAUUAUUAUUAUUUUUAUAUAUACCGUAAUUUUCGGACUAUCGGCCGCUACUUUUUCCCUCAUUUUGAAUCCUGCGGCUUAUAUGUUGAUUUAUUUGGGUUAAUAGCUAACACUUUAUUUGACAGCAACGUCAUAAGACUGCCAGAAGACAGCCAUAAUUAUGACAUGACACUAUUAUGAGCAUCAAUGAAUGCUUAUGACAGAUGUCACUAACUGUCAUCCGGCAAAUUAUAUCACCGACUCUAUGUCCAGCUCGGAUCUUUUACAUGCAGUCAAAAGUGAGAUAAUUUGACAUCUCUCAUAAGCAUUCAUUAAUGCUCAUGGCAGUAUCAUGUCAUAAUUAUGAUGGUCUUAUGACAGUCUUAUAGCGCCACAGUCAAAUAAAGUAGCUAACUAGCAAUUCAUGAAACAACUGGAACAGUAGCUGAAGAAAUUAUUAGCACAGAACAUGAAUUUUGAAUGUUAUUUACAUCUGUAGAGCUGCAAUGCAUGCUAGGAGGCAUUUUGGAUGACCACAGUGUUGACAGCAGGUGGCAGCAGAGGUUCAUUGUCUCCCCCAUGUGGGAAGUGAUGGCAAAAUGACGCUUCUUGAAUUAAUGAAGCUUUGCAGCCAAUUGGUUCAAAACUUCAUAAUGAUUCAUUUGGUUUUAUGAGUCUUAUGAUGCCGCUGUCAAAAAAAAGUGUUUGCGGUUAAUAUCUUUUGAUGUAAAUAUCCCAUAAUACAGUGAGCACAGCUGCGGCUUAUAGUCCAGUGCAGCUUAUCUAUGAACAAAUGCGUUUUUUGUGUCAAAUUUGGUGGGUGGCGGCUUAUAGUCAGGUGCGCCUUAUAGUCCAGAAUUAGGGUAUAACAAACCUUAAAAUGGCUAUAAAAUUCCCAGAUUUUACGCUAGAUGCACAAAAAUCACCAAAUGCAGAUAUAAUGCAGAUAUAAUCGCCUAUAUUUUCAGGAUCGAUAGCAUUAUUUAACGCAGAAAUGUCUAAAUUACAUUUUUUGCCCAAAAACGGGCAGUUUGCCCGCUAGUUACGUUAAUGUGUAGAAAUAAAAAAUCCAACAUGGCGGCUGUCACAAAACAAAGAGUGUUUUAAGUUGAAAAUUCUUCUAAAUAAAUGCGUAAAUCCCGAUUUUUUUUUAGGUAUGAACGUAAAACAGUCUAUAUUCCUGUUUAAAAGCAAAAAACUGGGUAGUUAUCAUUCAUUUUACCUAAAUAUUUUAAGCUAGUUACGCUAUUGUGUAAUCCAACAUGGCAGCCAUCACAAAACAAAGAGCUUUUUAAGUUGAAAAUUCUUGUAAAUAAACGCGUAAAUCCCAGAAUUUCUAUAGAUAUGAACCUAAAACAGUCUAGAUUCUUGUUUAAAAGCAAAAAACUGGGCCGUUAUCAUUCAUUUUAUGUGAAUAUUUCAAUCUAAAGUUACACAAAUUUUUUCCAUUCAUUUUUUUUCACGUUUCAAAGUGGUGGUAUUUGGUGGUAUUUUAUAUAAUACCUGUCAGGGAAAUUCAAGUUUGAACUCCCAAGACAAGUGUUACCUCGAUAGCUCGAUUAGAGAAAUGAAUACGACCAACCAAAAAUUGCCUGCUUCAAAGACUUUAUAAACGUGAUAUAUCAAGGGUACAAAAUGAUGUGAUUCAGCCAGGAGCUGUGAUCACACAGAAGUACAAUAGAUGCUGGACAUUUAUACUGUUGAAAGGGCGUUACCCAAGGAUGCAUACUGUGAAACGAUACCUAUGAAAACGAAAGUGAAACUUAAGUAUCAACUGGUGGUUUUCCACAGAAAAACAUCUCCAGUAGGGGAAAAAAAACACCUCAAGUUAUGACCUUGAACACCGGCUCUGGCUAGAACGACGAUGAGCUCAGUCUGAUAAGCCGCAGUCGCCCAUUGUAUUCAUUCAGGGCAUAUUGGAAAACACAGGAACAUAACAGUCCAUAUUUGGGCAUAUUGUGAUACAGUCUAUAAUAGUCAAGGCUAUGGGAAGGCACACUCAAACAGGUUAAUAUAACAAUGAUGCUCUAUGCUACAUUGUUCUCAUGCAAGCAUAACAAAAGCAUACAAAAUAUGAUGUAUAAUGGUUGUGUUUUAAGCAUGAUAAAAUUCUCUCACAAUACCGUAUUGUCCGGAAUAUAAGACGGUGUUUUUUGCAUUGAAAUAAGUGGGGGUCGUCUUAAAUUCACGGUCUAGACAUUAUACCCAUUCACGACGCUAGAUGGCGCCAGAUAUCAUUGAAGCGAUGUUCUGUCAUGACAGAUCUCAGCUACUCUAAAGUUUAACCAGUUUGCAUUAUUUUAUUGCAAUGUUUUUCCUUAUUCAGAUUUGUUUCAAGACUACAGUUACAGUUAGACCUCACUUUGAUGGUUAAUGCAGUUAUGGCAAUUUUGUUGUUUUAUCACAAUAGAUUGGUUUAUUUACAUUUCAAAAACCAGAAGACUUUCAUUUACGAAUGUGAUUGCACUUUAGUUUACAUAUUUAAAUGUUCAGAUGUUAAGAUUUGAAUGAGGCAAAAUAACAUGCUUUUUCUCUCAAAUAUAUUGUUAUCAGUUGUUUCAGAUGUACUGUAAUUAUUUUCUGUAUAAAAGUAAUUUGGUGUUCAAAAAGUAUUUUUUUCAAACUUGAGUCUUGAAAAAGAGGGGGUCAUCUUAUAAUCAGGGCCGUCUUAUAUUCGGGCCAAUACGGUAAUUACCUUGAAUCCUCGACCAAAUCACUCUUGAAACACUCCUGCCUUUGUGUAUGCACUAAAACUUGUCCUGUUUCCACCAAAAUCCGGUGUUAGAAUGCAGCGUGUUUGAGUUUAUCACAAUGAAAGCUACGUCAACGCUCUGCCAGGGUCGGCCCCUUACGGGAAGGCGUGGCGCAAUGUCUGUCAGAACUGUCUCGUCAACUGAUGGUGAAGUCUAUGCCUGAGUAUUAGUCGCACCAGCCAAAAAAUGCGCAAUAAAGAGGAAAAAAACAUAUAUCAGUCGCACUGGAGUAUUUUUGAGGGAAAUUAAUUGAUAAAAUGCAAAACUAAGAAAAGACAUGUCAUCUUGAGAGGCAAUUUUUUUUCGUUGUUGUCUUUAUUGUAGUAAGAGUAACCUCCGCAUUUCGCCUGUCCCUUACAAGUGUUUUGCUAACUCCAAACAUUCUUUUUGCUCCUCAAUUUACCGUUUUUGGCAGUAAAUUUCAUUAUUUUCAGCUUUUAAUCUGCUGAAUAUGAUUUUAUUUUCACUGCCAUUUUGUUCAGCCCUUCUCAGUUGUUUUUAUAAGUUACCGCAAAUGUUGAAACACAGGCCUUGAGCGCCCUCUUGCGGUUCAGUGUGAAAAUAAAACGUGAAGUCAUACAAUAAUGUAUUAAUAAUUUCACACAUUAGUUGUUCCAGAGUAUAAGAUGCACCCCCGGCCAAACUAUGAAAAAAAAACCAGCGACUUAUAGUCCGAAAAAAUACGGUACAUGAAAAGCAUAAACCUGUAACGCAACAUGCAAAUGAAUUUUGGUGCCUAGUAGGGGGACCGCAAGUACUAUCCUGCGGGCCGCAAUUCGCCCCCAUCCCCAAAGUGUGAGGCCACUGAUUUAACAUGCUAGGUUUUAAGUCAGAAUGUGAUCAAUUUAAUUUUACCACAUGAUAAUUUUGACAUUUUCACAUGAAUUUCACAUUUUCGCGUAAUCACUUUCAAGAUUUAAUGUGAUCAAUUUUAAACUAUAAUGUAAAUUUUUCAAUUUUAAGGUGUUUCAUGUUUUGAUUUCACAUUAUAAAGUGACGUUUUGACAUGAUGAAUAUUAAAUUUUAACGUGAUACAUUUAACAUUACCACAAGAUAAUUUUUAAGAUUUAAUGUGAUAAAUUUGGAACCUCAAAAUGUUCAUUUUUCAGUUUCAAGAUGAUAACUCACAUUUUAAUGCGGUAAAUUUCACAUUAUGUGAGGAGUUUGACGUUUUAAUACGAUAAAGUUCACAUUUUCACCGGAUAAAUUCUCCAGUAUCACAAUUUUUAAGCUUUAACGUGAUCAAUUUUGAACUUAAACGUGUUAAUUUUUUGGUGUUUUAAGACGUUAAGUCUCAUGGUUUAAUGUGAAAAGUUUGAGGUUAUAACGUGAUAAGUUUAGUGUAAAGCGUUGAUAAUUUUGACACUAUUUUUACUAACAUAUCACGUUAUAACUUGCUAAAUUUCAUUUUAACGCAUUCAUUAACAUUGACGGAUGGAACGUCGAUCACCGUCAAUUGCGCUGAAGCAUUAUCGGUCCCAAUUUCUGAUCAAUUUGACGUUUAUAUUUUAUUGACAAUCACUUUCCUCACACAUUUUAAAGCAUUUAAGCCUCUACAUGUCCAUUCAUAUGCAACUCAUCCCCACACAUGUUCCUUAUCAACCCAGGCGACCAAUCCUGUCACGCGUUUUAUCCAACCAAAGGUGUUAACAGUCACAACACUGAAUGUACUAACCACGUUUUGACGCUACGACAACUACUCAAGUGCUUACGUGUACGGCACCACUGUCGUUCAUUACAGCCGUCAUCCAUUUUUUAUCGCCCUCUCUGCUUUGAAUGAAAAAUGGCAAUUUUUGUGCUUCCACUUUUCUUUCUUGGGAAAAAAAAAAACGAGACAUCGCAUUGUAUAUAAUAAACACGAUUGCUGUGAACGGUGUGUAUCAUAUCAUCGAGCAACUGUAAAUGGGCUGUAGAGUUCCGUGUGUCUUUUUUCGAGUGUCGGAGUAAAGCGUCCAAAUGUUUGUGCGUGUGUGUUUGCACUGAAACACAUUGUCAUUUAUGGAAUUAAAAUAAAAAUUACAAUGAUGCAACACGAAAGAAGGAGGGGUGAAGUUU